CUGGUGCAGGAGCUGGAGCAGCACCAGUUGCUUCCUAAAAGGUUGGAUUGGCAAGGAAAUGAGCAUUAUAGAAGUUACGAAGAAUUGGUGCUGUCCAACAAACAUGUGGCUCCAGACCAUUUGUUACAAAUUUGCAAGCGUAUUGGCCCUAUACUGGAUAAGGAGAUACCACCCAGCAUUUCGAGAGUGAAUUCCUUACUUGGUGCAGGGAGACAGUCAUUGUUACGUACAGCAAAAGGUACGUGGAAGUACAUCGAGCAAAACAAUUAA